UUUGUUGUUUCAUGACGGAGCUAUUCAUUCUACCUCGUGUUCAAUAAAGACCAUUUUGUGGGUAUAUUGAUUCAAGUUAGAGUGGCACUAAUUGUAAAAUUUAAAAAUGAACGGAAUUAUAAGAAACACGCUACGCUCGCCGGUAAUUAGAACUUUGUUUUCCUCAAUGUCAAACACAGGAACCGCGAGUAAUCAAUUAAAAACGCUGUGGAACGUUUCUCGACAAAUCCAAAUCACACCUAUCGCUUCGGUAAACCUAUUUAAGCGCCCGGGUGCUUCUCGUAAUUCCAGUUGUAGACAUUCUCAUACAAAAGCUGAGAAGGAGCUCGUGGAGUUUUUAGCCGAAGAAAUUAUAGCGGAAAAAAAGGCACAGAAACUGAAAACCAUUCCCACCGAAUUGGAUGGAUUUAAAGUUUCGCUUGACGGUGCAGAUGUUAAUUUAGAAAAGACACAAGACAAUGAAACGAUUAGGAUCUCGUUUAAUAUAAAUCAUACUGUUGAUUCUGACUCUGAACCUAAUAUUGAAGUGACCAGUGAUAGCCCAGACAUUGGUGAUAUGAAGAGCAAACCAUCCUUCACAGUGGAUAUAGUUAGGGGAAAUCAAACUCUUGGAUUUACCUGUUCUUUUAAUAAUGAACCUGGUGCAUCAGGUGCCAAUGAUAGUUAUAAUGAUAUCUUUGGCAUAGAUGAAAUUACUUUAUAUACAGGAGAACAUUCUGAUAAAGUGUAUGCUGUUGCUGGUGAAAUUAUCGAUGGGUAUCUGUAUGACUUGUUGAUGAACUAUCUCGAAGAGAAAGGCGUUUCAAACGAGUUUGCGGAGAAAAUAGUCGAACUCAGCACAAGUUACGAACAUACCGCGUACGUCAGCUUAUUAGAAGGCCUUUCAAAAUUUACGUCCGGCAAAUAAUUGUUCAUUUUAAUUCCCAUUACAUUUACAAUUAAUUAGAUAUAGAAUAUGUUUAUGUCAAAAAUUAUAAUAAAUACAUGUAAUUUUCCAACA